AUGGAAGCCACUCUGAGAAUGCCAAAUGAAGUGUUUGGUCGAAACGACUCUUCGCUUCUUCGAACCAAAAGCCUCAUCCGAUGGACAUACUUCACAUGGACCCUUGAUAAGUUGUGUUUGGCGCAAAUGUUGACUCAUCUGCUUGACGGUACAGCAGACAUGGGGUCUUGCAAACUCUCAAGCAUGAAGGGUCCCUUCGUUGCGGCCUAG